AUGAUCAAUUCUCGACCUAUGACUGUUCAAGAACUUACGGAUAUCAUUGAAUCUGAUGAAUGGUGGGAAAACUAUGAUGUUUCUAAAAAAAUAUAUAUAGCUUCACCCGACGAACACAAUGUGUCAGAUGAUGAUUCAGCUGAUGAAGACUCUGGAGGUUUGUUAGACAAUUUGUCAAGCCAUCAGUUACAAGCAGAAGCCGAAGCUGUUUCCGUAAGCGGUAGAAGGAUAAGUUAUGAACAGCAUGAAGAAAAUUUACCAACCACUUCUCACACUAAACAGAAUAAAGAAAAUAAAAUAAAUAAUUGGGCAAAAGAUAAUUUAAAGAAAAGAAAAUUGUACAAAAGAUACAGAUUUGAAACAGGUAUUAAUACUGCAUUCUCAGAAGAAUUACUUACAUAUAUGCAUGGUAUUUAUAAAGCUUUACAAUUAAAACAUUAUAGUGAGAUCGCAAGGAGGCGGGACUGUCAUAGUGACAGGCUGGGUUUUCCUGAAGUAUGUGGAUACGUUGCUUGA